AGCAUAUAAACAGUUAUAAGCAGUCUCAGUGUGUCUUUAGUUUGCAUAGAAUUUGGUUACUUGUUUCAGCAAGGAAGAUUUUGAGCAGCUAGUAACCUGACUUUUUUUUUUAUCUAGGUUGAUCAGAAAUCAUGGGGUUUGUGAGCAGUAUUGUUUUGCCUAUGUUAGUUCUCUGCUUUGGGCAGCUCAUGAGUGUCAGCAAUGGACAGAUAGUUGAGAGGACGUAUUCAGGCACGAUUCAAGUUAAUAAUGGAAUGGGCUGGGGCUCAUGGGGACAUCGAGAUAUGUGUCCCUAUGGGACCUAUGCUACAGGCUUCAGACUCAAAGUUGAAGAGUCACUAGGAUUUGGGGAUGACACAGCCCUAAACGGAAUUGCCCUUCACUGCACUAAACCCAUGGGCUCCACAAAGGAUCCUCAGCCCUAUUCUACAGUCCAAUCUGAUACCGGCAGCUGGGGGUCUUGGACACAGAACAUUUGGUGCUCAGAAGGAGUGCUGCAGGCAUUUCAGCUGCGUGUAGAAUCCAGUCAAGGACGAGGUGAUGAUACUGCUGCUAACAACAUAAGGUUGUAAUGGAUGCAUAAAAUGUAAUAAAAUAAAAGAAACAUAAAAAAUAACACUUUAUUUGAAGACUGUAUAUAUAAAGUCUUAUAACUGUAUUAAUAAAUUGCUAAUAGUGCUUUAAAAGUAAAUUUAUAAACUGAUUAUCGAUCAUAAAAGCUGAUUUUUAAAUAUGUUGUAGCUGUUGUCAUCUCCAGUGACUUUCAUAAAUAGAUAUAGCUAAAAAGAAUAAUGCAGAGUGCUUUUUUAAACAAACAAACAAACAAAAACCUCCUAGGUUCUUAUGCACUGGAGGGGAAUACUUGACCGGCAGUGGCAUGUCCUGGGGAGAAUGGGGUGGAUGGAGUGGAAUGUGUGCUAGAACAGGGAUUUGUGGGCUCAAAACAAGCGUGGAGAUACCACAACACUCAGGAGACAA